UCGUAACCCCGCCGCCCAGCUGUUUCAGCAGAAACGUGCAGUGGCGCAAACAUGAGCUAACUUCCACCCUCUUUCUCAGAAAAAAGGGAGAAUUUGGAGGAAGUGAAGGGGAGGCAGUGGAGUCUGAGUGCAGGGGAUAUGUGUGUGUGAGGAGCGGAGCGGAGUGGUGUGUGUGGAUCAGCCUCCCCGGACCUCCGCCGCCGCGCUGCUGCUGCUGUUAUUAUUCAGGCUGUGGCGGGACAUCCAACAGGUCACUGGACUACAGCACUCACACGACUCGCUGUCUUCGCGGUGUUUAGCCUCUCAGAGCGAAAAGACAAGCGCCUGUCUGUGUUCUGGUUCGGAGAGAAAAGAAAAUGGCUAGAAUGCUGAGCAAGGACCUGCCGGAUAUCGAGAGUAUUCUGGCCCUCAACCCAAGGGUGAGGAGUCACGCCGCUCUCUACUCUACAGCAGCCAAGAAAACUGAGAAGAAACACUGGAAGCGCAACACGGAGAAAGGCUGUGAUAGCUGCGUGAAGCUGGAGAACAAUUUCGAUGACAUCAAACACACGACUCUGAGCGAGCGCGGAGCACUUCGGGAAGCCAUGAGAUGUCUAAAAUGUGCAGAUGCACCUUGUCAGAAGAGCUGUCCUACUAACCUUGACAUCAAGGCCUUCAUCACCAGCAUCGCUAACAAGAACUACUACGGGGCAGCGAGGGCAAUCCUGUCAGACAAUCCGCUGGGUCUGACGUGUGGGAUGGUGUGUCCCACCUCGGACCUGUGCGUGGGCGGCUGUAACCUCUACGCCUCUGAGGAAGGACCCAUCAACAUCGGGGGGCUGCAGCAGUUCGCCACUGAGGUGUUCAGUAAGAUGGGUAUUCCUCAAGUGAGGAACCCUCAUCUCCCUCCUCCAGAGCAGAUGCCUGAGAGCUACCACUCGAAGAUAGCGCUUAUUGGCUGUGGUCCCGCCAGCAUCAGUUGCGCCACUUUCCUGGCUCGUCUCGGCUACAGUGACAUCACGAUUUUUGAGAAGCAGAAGUAUGUCGGCGGACUGAGCUCCUCCGAGAUCCCUCAGUUCCGCCUGCCCUACGAGGUGGUGCAGUUCGAGCUGGACCUGAUGAAAGACCUGGGCGUGAAGGUUGUGUGUGAGAAAGGACUGGGCGAGAAUGGGAUGACACUGCUGUCACUAAAAGAAGAAGGAUACAAAGCUGUUUUCAUUGGAAUUGGUCUACCUCAAGCUAACAGGCACAGAAUCUUUGAAGGUCUCUCAGUGGAGCAGGGAUUUUAUACCUCUAAGGAUUUUCUCCCACUAGUUGCCAAGGCCAGCAAACCAGGGAUGUGUGCUUGUGGCUGGACGCUGCCCCGGCUCCACGGCAGCGUGAUCGUUUUGGGAGCCGGAGAUACCGCCUUCGACUGUGCCACCUCUGCCCUCCGCUGCGGCGCGCAACGGGUCUACGUGGUCUUCAGACGGGGUUUCACCAACAUCCGCGCCGUCCCAGAGGAGAUGGAGCUGGCUAAGGAAGAGAAGUGUGAGUUCCUGCCUUUCCUGUCCCCGCGGGAGGUCCUGCUGAAGGGAGGCCGCGUGCACGGCAUGGAGUUCUGCCGCACAGAGCAGACUGAGACGGGUGACUGGGUUGAGGAUCAGGAGCAGAUCACUCGUCUGAAAGCCGACUUCAUCAUUAGUGCUUUCGGCUCUGUGCUGAGUGACCCUAAAGUGAAAGAGGCCAUGGCUCCCAUCAGGUUAAACAGAUGGGGUCUUCCUGAGCUGAACCCGGAGAGCAUGCAGUGCAGUGAGCCGUGGGUGUUUGCCGGGGGCGACGUGGCCGGCCUGGCCAACACCACUGUGGAGUCCGUCAACGAUGGCAAGCAGGCCUCCUGGCACAUCCACAAAUACUUACAGGCCAUCCACGGCCAGACUGUUAGCGCCCAACCGCAGCUGCCCCUCUUCUACUCGCCCAUUGACAGCGUGGACAUCAGCGUGCAGAUGUGCGGGAUCAAGUUCCCCAACCCGUUCGGCUUGGCCAGCGCUCCGCCCACCACCAGCACCUCCAUGAUUCGCAGGGCCUUCGAGCAGGGCUGGGGAUUCGCCCUCACCAAAACCUUCUCCCUCGACAAGGAUCUGGUCACAAACGUGUCUCCUCGAAUCGUGCGCGGAACCACGUCAGGCCCGAUAUACGGCCCAGCCCAGGGCUCCUUCCUCAACAUCGAGCUCAUCAGUGAGAAAACUGCCGCCUACUGGUGCCAGAGCGUGACUGAGCUUAAGGCGGACUUCCCUCACAAUAUUAUCAUUUCCAGCAUAAUGUGCAGCUACAACAAAGCUGAUUGGACUGAGCUUGCCAAAAUGGCAGAGGCUUCUGGAGCUGAUGCCCUGGAGCUGAAUUUAUCCUGCCCUCAUGGAAUGGGCGAGAGGGGCAUGGGACUGGCCUGCGGGCAGGAUCCAGAGCUGGUGCGGAACAUCUGCCGCUGGGUCCGACAAGCUGUCAAGAUCCCUUUCUUCGCCAAACUGACCCCUAAUGUCACCAACAUUGUGGAUAUUGCCAAAGCUGCACAUGAAGGUGGUGCAGAUGGCGUCACCGCCACCAACACGGUCUCGGGGCUGAUGGGACUGAAGGCAGACGGCUCUCCCUGGCCUGGCAUUGGCCGAGACAAGCGCACCACAUAUGGCGGCGUGUCUGGCAACGCCAUCCGUCCCAUCGCUCUCCGUGCAGUAUCGGCCAUAGCGAGGGCUUUACCAGGCUUCCCCAUCCUGGCCACCGGGGGCAUCGACUCUGCAGAGUCUGGUCUGCAGUUCCUCCACGCCGGGGCUUCAGUACUGCAGGUGUGCAGUGCAGUGCAGAAUCAGGACUUUACACUGAUAGAAGAUUACUGCAUGGGGCUGAAAGCUCUACUCUAUCUGAAGAGCAUCGAGGAGCUGCAGGAUUGGGAUGGCCAGUCUCCCCCCACCGUACCCCACCAGAAAGGCAAACCUGUACCCAGGCUGGAGGAGCUGGUGGGGAAGAAAUUGCCAAGUUUUGGUCCAUAUCUUGAAGAGAAGAAGAUGGCCAUAGCAAACUACAAAAAGAAGCUGCCAAAUCUCAUUGACAAGACAAUUCCUUCCAGUGCUUCCAGAAUCAACACUGCUAAGAAACCUGUGCCGACUGUUCAAGAUGUGAUCGCUCGAGCUUUGAAGCACAUUGGAGCAUACCAGGAGCUGAACAACCAGGAGCAAGUGCAGGCUCUCAUAGACGAGGAGAUGUGCAUCAACUGCGGGAAGUGUUACAUGACCUGCAAUGACUCUGGAUAUCAGGCGAUUACGUUUGACCCUGAGACCCAUCUUCCUGUGGUUCAGGACAGCUGCACUGGCUGCACUCUCUGCCUCAGCGUCUGUCCCAUCGUCGACUGCAUCCGAAUGGUUGCCAGGACAACGCCCUACGUGCCAAAGAGAGGCCUCCCUCAAGCCGUCAUGCCCGUUUGCUGAAUGAAAGAGAACGAGAGAAUGAGGUGGAAUUAAAAAAAAAAAAAAAAAAUGAAGAACUCACCAACAAACGUCUACAUCAGAGCAUUGAUUUCUGUUCAUAAUUGCAGUGUGAAAAAUGACCUUUGUUGUGAGGGGGGGAAAAAAGAAAAUAAUUAGUUUUGAGAAAUAAUUGCCUUAUAUUCUGAAGCCAAUUAUCCAGAAAUAAUCGCGCAGGCGAAAACAGUUGCAUUAUUUCAAAACAAUAGCGGGGCAACAUGUUGUCGUGGAGUUCAUUCGCUCCUUUCCGUCGGGCCUCGGCUAAUGAGAAUGAAGAGGGAGGAUUCAAAUAAUGGAUGUUUAUGAUGAUGCAGGAAGCCCAUGCCAUUGGCGCGUGCUGUAUCUCCCAGCAGAAUGCGGCGACACUUCAUCCCUUCCAGCUCUUGCUGGUCAAAUGAGACAUUACGUGGAUAGGAAGUCAUCAGACAUGGAACACGUAAUAAUGAAGAUAGAUGCAAAGAGAGCGGUACCGCCCGCAAACAGUCCGAACAUUUACUGAGUGCUUGCUUUUUAGAAGCAGAGUUUAAAUUCUUUAAACUAAGAAAAAAAAUUGAAAAACAAAAUAAAGGUCAUUAGAAUUAGCGUUUUAUUCACCUACCAUUCUUAAGAAGAAAUCUCUCCUUAAAAACCAAUUACACAAAGUUUUCAUACAAAGAUUUUGACCUUUACCAAUGUUUUCUUACUUGAGAUUUGUUUAACUUAGGAAGACAGUGGGAUCCUUAAUAAGAUCAGACCUGUGAACAAUUCUGCAAAUUGAAAAACUAUGUUGGAACAUUUCUUAAUAACUUAAGAAAUUCAAGACAAUUCUUUGGAGGAUAUUGGUGAAUGAAGGCCAGUGUUGCAUUUUCCAGUUUAUUAUAAGCAAUGCCUCAUUUUUAUUUUGAUUUAACCUCAUUUCUGUGAUUCAGUAAAAUUGGUGCAGAGAAUAACAAAUUGAGGGGGGGGGACUAAGUGUUAAAAAAAAGUUCAGUAUAUAAGAACGAUAGUGAAAGAAAAAAAUGUGAAAAUGUGAUAACUGUGGAAUCCUAAAGUGAUUAUUUUCCUCCUGAAGACAACUAAAAGUAGUCUUAAUUAAUCUUAAUCUGACUAAAUUAUACAUUAAUACGUAUAACUCCAACCAUUUAAACUAGUCAUUUUAGAGACCUACCUUCUGGGGCCAGAAUAAUCUUAAGAUAAACUAUAACAAAUGCAUGAGCAUGUUCUUAAAUGCAAUUAUGUAAAUAAGAACUUUAAGACUCAAAUAUUCCCUUAAAGUUCUUAUAAUUGUACUAAUUCUUUUUUUUUAGUUCAAAAAUGUAAUCGUCUAAUGGAGCUGAUGAAACUUAACAGACACUAGAUGCUGUGGCUAAAACCUGAUAUUUCCUGUUGUCUGUUUCUAUUUUAAGCCGACUUUGCAAUUAUCCUUUAGUUCCCUUUUAACAUUUACCAACUUUUGAACAAUAUCAGCGGUGCUUCUGAAAGCUAGCCUGCCUGUGUUAUACGGUGAACGUCAUGGGGAAAGGUCAGUGUUGACUGUUUCCAGAUCAUUAGAUAUGAAGACUAGCUGUGAUUCAUUCUGGACCCUAAAGGUCAGCCCUGACCACUUCUAUCUCAAUAAAUCCUCUCCGCUCAUGGAUGUGUGCACUUUGGCCACUCUCGGCAGACAGCUGCUAAUGCGGCAUCUGAUACACGGCGGCUGCGUGUCGCCGGGCCGUAUACCUGUCCGAGACAGCAGGGUUUAUGUCACUGUUCCAUGUCAGCGCUACAAAAUGUUACUGCGCUAGAACAGGGUGUGAGGACGUGUCGACAGGCUGUCACAGUGAAAGGCUCCACGAAUUAUUCAGUCUAUUCAUAGCGGGUUCUCAGAGUGACACAGUGUUUCCGAUGAUAUCUCUGUAUGUAUUGAAUUACUGUAGCUAGCAUUGACACCGAUGUGAAGCAAAUUGUUCUAAUGUACUUUUACAGCGGAAUGAACUACUUCUACUGUCUUUGUGUUGUUGCUAAUUUAUCGAAAUUACCUGAAUAAAAAUCUAUUUUUUUUUCUCCUCA